AAACGUAAAACACUUCUUUGUCAACUAAUGGAAGUGCUUGUCUCGCUUUCAUAAAGAUAGGGAGUAUUGUUGACAAGGGAAUAAAACGGACGUUUACUGUGUUAUUUCAUAGAGCGCCUAUUCUGCAGACAUCGCAUUGAUUUUCAGCAUUGGUUGAUAUAGUAAUACUGGAAUAAAUAGCUCUCAAUGUUUAAGAAGCUGUUAAGGUUAUUUUCUGUUCCAUGAUUACAAUGUAUUUUGCUAUCAUAUAGUAUGUUGGAAUUGUCGGAUUAAUCUAAAAAAGUUUAAAAAUUUUGAUCUGGAAUAGUGAAGGGUGCGUAUUCUAUGCCAUGACAGUUGUUAAAAACUGUGUAAUUUUUUCCGUUCUUUUGGCGGUAAUGUCUGUUUUGUUUCAGACGAUAAGUUUCAUUAUUCCUGGGUGGUUUAUAGCUGACACAAAUUCUUUAAGUGUAAAUAUGGCUGUGUGGUAUGUGAUUUUCUGUGAUGGUGAACGAAAUGAAACUGUGUUCAGUGACUCAUGCGAAUCUAUAUCAUAUACACAAUUAUUUUCUGGACAAAAUGGAGAUAAGCUCGCUCGAUUGGGCGCAAUGUUCACGUCAGUGGUUGGUACUCAAGUUCAAGUAACAGCAUGUCUGAUUUUGGCAGCUGGAGCUUUCAUGCUUAUCAUUUUUCAAUUUAAAACAUUCCAUCAGCAAACGCCAGGUCAACCGAGCAUAUUUGUUGACGAACCAAGAGGCACGUGUAAUGUAAGGGCAAAGUUUAUUUACAGCGGGGGAUUUUCAGCAAUAUUUCAAUUAUUUUCAGGUAUUUUACUCGGUCUGGUUAUCAUAGACUUCGGCAAGAAGUAUUACGCCUUGGGCAAGCCAAGGCCAGCAAUUCCGUAUACAUUAUUCAUCGCGGGAAUAGGAGCUGCGUGCUCUGGACUUUGUGGAAUCAUUGAGCUAGCGAUAGCCUUCCGGACAAAAGAGAACGGUAGCCGACGCUCUAGCAAUGCGGCAGAUAAACACUGUUCUCCGCAGCAACUUAUACCUCUAAAUCAAGUUCAAGGUCAAGGUAAAGGUCCCCAUCAUCAUCACCAUCAUCACCAUCAUCAUUAUGAUAAGCAAGCCAGAACGGUAUCUCUGGAUGAUGGAGAUUAUUAUGGACAAGAUUAUGAUGUAGAAAAUCCGGCAUUUCAUACACAGGGUGGAAGGAAAUCUGAUGCAUCCAGCUCACUUUUUCCAGGAUAUAGACUAGGUAGACAAAAUUUACAAGGACAUGACAAGAAGUGGUGGAGAAAAGUAACAUUUGCAGCGUUUACAGUCUUGUAAAAACAAAUUCCAAACUUUACAAAUAUAUAUUGGUUUUUUUAAAUACUUUAACAUUCAGUGUACAUGGGUUUUCUUUUUCCUUUUCGAAUAUGAAUUUGAAAUGAAAUUUCUUCCUGGUCGAAAUAUGCGUAUUUUUUAUUUUUCGCAUUAAAAUUGUCAAAAGUUUUAUAUUGUUUCGUAUUAAAAUACUGAUUUGAGUUACUUUGUUCAAAAUUUCGUAUUGUAAUAUUUUAGACUUUGAAGUCAUCUUCUUAUCAAAACUACAGUGUGUACUUCAUCACAGUGUGUACUUCUUAUAAAAAUCUAGGAUAUUUUGAUUAUUAUUUUUCUAUUUACAAUAACAUAUAAUUUUUUCUCGAUUUUGCUAUUAUUAAAUGAACAAAAAUAUUUAUUUCUUGCUUUUAAAUCUACAACUUUGUUUAAUAUUUAUAAGAAAAAAGUGUUCUAAAUUUGAUAAUAUUUUUUUUUUUUGCAGCACUGAUUAAGGGACAUUGAACCGUAAAUAUGAAUAUAUUUUUCUUCUGUUAAAUAAGAAAGGGCAAACACUGUUGAGGACUGUUUUAAUAAUAUGUUAAGAGCGUAUAAAAUGCUUUACACACUGAAAGUGAAAUAUUUUGUUGUUGUAAACAGAGUAAUAUUUUGAUUUCUAACAUAUAAUAUUAAGUCACUAUUUUGUACAAUUUGCAAACAAUUAGAAAAAAACAUUCAAAAGAUGGUUAAUAUUUAUUAGCCAAUGAUUUAAUAUUUUUGAAAUUGGAAGGGACACCAAGCAUUACAAAAAAUGACAUGUAAAAAAAAUAGUCUCAUUUUUUGGGUGUUAACAGGCCUUUCUUUUCUUCGGUAAUAUGUAUGUCCACAUAUAUCUGGAUAUCUUAACAGACUUUUCAAAUGACUUUGAUAAGUAGACGUUUUAAGUAUGCAUCGUUUCAUAUAUGUUCAGUUUCCAAUCAAAUGUCUGUUUUAUAUCGAUUAUCAACAUUUAAACAGAUUAUUCUAAAAUUAACAUGCCAAAUGUUUAACAUGCCAAUUCAACGUUUUAUUUGAGGGUGGAUAUGAAUGAAGCUGAAUGCUUAUAGUUAUAAGAAAUGAAAUGUAAAAACUGCUCAAGUUUUCCUUUACAUAUAUUACUUAUAUUAUCAAUUGUGUACGUAUUUAUAAUACGCUAUUUGUAUUUAUAUUUUGAAUAUUUAGCUAGACUUUCUUAAAACCUGUGAAAUGUAAAUCAUGUUUAAUAUUUAUAAAAUUUAUUUAGAAAGUUCUUUAUAGGCUUGGUAUUUAGAUUGUGUAUAUUGUGCAGAAAUUAGUAAGAACCAUAUGUACCAAAACCAUGGCUUAGUGAGAUUCUGUCACAUUUUUAUAGCUAUUUAUUAUUAUUAUUAUUAUUAUCAUCAUUAUUAUUAUUAUUACUAUUAUUUUUAUUAUUAUUAUUAUUAUUAUUAUUAUUAUUAUUAUUAUUAUUAUUAUUAUUAUUAAAAAUUAUUAUUAUUUUUUUUUAUAUCAUCAUUAUUAUUCACAACAUUUUAUAUAGUGGUAUAGCAACAACAUUUAACGAGCAUAUAGUACAUAACGAUAAAAGUCGUAUAUUGGUUUUAUAUAUAUUUAACAAAUAAAUGAUGUAAACUGUCUUUUAGUUUAAAUUAUGUGAACAUUUAACCCUUAUUGUGUCCUAGUUGAGAUUUAAAAUGGUUUUGUUUGAAAUAUUUUUAUCUUUCCUAUUAGCAUAUUCCUUUUAUUUCAUUGUAUCAAUUGGGGUGGGGUUAUAAUAAGAUAGUGUACCUUACAGAAACAUAGUUGAUUUUAAAUAACAAAUUAUGUUCAUUUCAAACCGUUGGAAUAUAUUUUAUAUCUUGUUUUGUUUUGGGUUUGUAUUUGUUUUUUGUUGUAUGUCAAAAGAUGUUGUUCACAAAAAGAAGCAAAGCUAUGAUUGGCUCAGAAUAAAGUUAUGUGAUUUUACGUACAAUUCUAAAAAUCGGUGGUGGCGUAUAUAGAUAUGUGAGUAACCAUUAUACAGUCACUGAAAUAUACGACUUUUUUUAAAGAUAAAAACUGUCGGACUUCCUUAUUCAGGAGUGAGUUAGGUAUACGGACUGUAUACGUACGGACUCCAAUAUCUAGGCAAAUAUAAAAUAUUUGCGUAUGGCAGUAUUGCAAGUAACAUCACUGAGUCUUUGUCGAUAUUUCAGAUUAUUUAAGCAUAGGAGUUGGCAGUUAUAUUUAGAAAUAUACAAGUCAGUUUAAUUAAAAAUUGAUUCAACAUGAUCGUUUUAAUUUCAAAUCUGUUAUAUGCAAAAUAAACCAGGUAAUAUUGAUCAAUAUUUCUUCCCGUUACUGCCAUGUGGCAGCUGUAAAAAGUUGCCCCGUACUUCACUUCAAUGUUGUUGUUUUUUCUCCUUUAGGAUAAUUGAUCCAUCACUUUUAAAUGUUGAAAAUUAAGAACCACUCAAGCAGUGCUAGGGGGCGUGAAAGAUGUUGCACUUUUUUAUUAUACCUAUGUACAGACUCAAUCAAACCGAGUUUGCAUUUUUCAUGUUAUUUUGUUGUAGAUAAUGCUUUCUCAAGAUCUUAGCAUAUGCUUUGAAAGGCAUAGAUAUGCCAAUAAAUGAGUGUCAAAUUAGUCUGCACCUCUUCGCAGUUUGACCAUACACUUAACAAUUGAUCACUUGCCAAACUUUUUUAUCACCUCAUCUAAAUCCCUAAAACUACCAUGUUUUGUUCCUGGUUCAAAGCAGGCGAUUCUUCAAACAUGACUUUUACUGUCAGCUUAUUUUUGAAACAUUAAUGAUUUCAUUAAAAUGUAUGUCGAGCAUUAUAAUAUUAUUUACACAUCUUUGAACUUUUGGCAAAAUUUGGGCAUAAUGUCUUCCUCUAUAGAACAAUAUUCCUUUUAAUUCAUUUUUUGACGUUGUCACUUUUACACCAAUCAGAAUGCCAUAGAUUUCAAUCAUUUUAUAUAUGAUGCCAUAAAUUUGUUGUGUUUCGUGAGUGAGACUAGGUUUAUUGCAAAAGUUCAAAUAUAUUACAUGUGUAUUUUUAAAUUAUAUACGUAUAUAUUUCAAUAUAAGAUUAUUUUAUCAAACUUGUAAAUUUGAAAUAUGUGAAUGAAAUAAAAAUUCAAAAUUGU